GGCGGCUUCCGCUGAGCCGCGAGCGGGUUGUGGUUCCCUCCUCCCCAGCAGCGGCCUCUCCGGCGGCCGAGCCCAGAUCCCGGCUCAGGCGUGGAGCUGCGAUGUCCAUGCUGCUUGUCUUUGGACUGUUGCUGCAUGACCUCCCGCUGAGCCGCCCUGAGGAGGCUUCGCCCCCGGUCGGGGCCGAGGGCGCCCCGGGCGGGCCCGGGUUCAACUACGCCAGCAUCCGCCUGCCCGAGGAGCACAUCCCCUUCUUUUUGCACAACAGCGGGCAUGUGGCCAGCCUCUGCAGGAAGGACCCACACUGUCCUUUUAAGAAACACUUAGAAAACCUGAAGUUCUGCUGGGGCUAUGAGGAAUCCUGCAGGCCCGAGUUCCGGUUCAGUUACCCCGUCUGCACCUACGUGGACAUGGGAUGGACGGAUACUCUGGAGUCAGCCCGGGACACCUUCUGGGAGCAAGCGGACUUCGGCUACGCGGGUGCGCGGCGGCGGGAGCUGCGGGAGCUCUGCCGGCCCGAGCAGACGAGUGACUCGAGCCUGGUAUGUUCCCGCUACCUUCAGUAUUGCAGAGCAACCAAUCUCUACCUUGACUUAAGAAACAUCAAGAGAAGCCAUGACAGGUUUAAGGAGGAUGUUUUCCAGACUGGUGAGAUUGGAGGACACUGUAAACUGGAUGUGCACACGUUGAUGUCUGAAGGUCAGCGCAAAAGCCCCCUGCAGUCUUGGUUUGCUGAGCUGCAGAGCUACACUCAGCUCAACUUCAGGCCCAUAGAAGAUGGUAAAUGUGAUGUUGUGGUUGAGAAACCAGUAUACUUCAUGAAAUUGGAUGCAGGUGUGAACAUGUACCACCACUUCUGCGACUUCCUGAACCUGUACCUCACGCAGCACGUGAACAACUCCUUCAGCACCGACGUGUACGUCGUGAUGUGGGACACGAGCACGUAUGGCUAUGGGGACCUCUUCUCUGACACGUGGAAGGCAUUUACUGAUUAUGACGUGAUCCAUCUGAAAACCUAUGACUCCAAAAGGGUGUGUUUUAAGGAAGCGAUUUUUUCCCUGCUGCCCCGGAUGAGAUACGGGCUCUUCUAUAAUACCCCUCUGAUUUCUGGCUGCCACAGCACCGGGCUGUUCCGGGCGUUUUCCCAGCAUGUGCUGCACAGACUGAACAUCACGCAGGAGGGACCCAAGGAUGGAAAAACUAGAGUCACCAUUCUUGCACGGAGCACAGAGUACCGGAAAAUACUCAACCAGCAGCAGCUCGUGAAUGCACUGAAAACGGUCUCCACAUUUGAAGUCCGGAUCGUCGAUUACAAAUAUAAGGAACUUGGGUUUUUAGAUCAGCUAAGGAUCACCCACAACACGGAUAUAUUUAUUGGAAUGCAUGGAGCUGGUCUUACCCAUUUACUCUUCCUUCCGGACUGGGCUGCCGUAUUUGAGCUGUACAACUGCGGGGACCAGCGCUGCUACCUGGACCUGGCCCGGCUCCGCGGUGUCCACUACGUCACCUGGCGCAGGCCCAGCAAGGUCUUCCCGCAGGACAAGGGCCACCACCCCACUCUGGGGGAGCACCCCAAGUUUACCAACUACUCUUUCGACGUCGAAGAGUUCAUGGCCCUCGUCCUGCAGGCCGCAGACCACGUAUUGCGACACCCGAAGUGGCCGUGGAGGAGCAGGCGGGACGAGCUGUGACUGCGGCUGUGUGUGUGUGUGUGUGUGUGUGUGUGUGUGUGUGUGUGAGGGGGCCGGGUGGGGGGACUCCCCUCCAGUCCCUCAGCCAGGCGGCCGUGUUCCUCGUGUAUCCACCAGCCCCAGGGCUCUCCCUGGGGGCUUUCUACUGUUUCCGGAGACAUUCGUGUCACUGCUUUUUGUCGAGAUACUCUUUGCACUGAAAUGACUUUCUGUAGUUCAGAAACCGGCCAUGGCUCGCCAAGGAUGGAGCUUUCUUCUUUGCGGACCCAAGACUCAACUUUCUCAGCUACCGAGUCUGUCGCUGGUCCUGGGGGACACUCAGAGGGGGUCAUUCUGGGGACGCCAACCUGGUGAUGAUGUCGUAGUAAAUUCACCAUGGCCUUUA